AUAUGUGAGCCGAAUUUUCAGUCCUCCAGCGGCGGCCGUUAGAAGUUGAACUUUCACUCUCCGGCGGUGACCGUAACCUAGAGGACCAAAACUUUGAUUUUCCAUUCAUCCAAACAGAAAACAAAUCUCAAGGAAAACUGUUUGUUAUUAAUUUAUCAAAUUGUUUUUGUUUGUUUUACUUUUGAUUCUUCUUCUCCUGACCUUUAUACUCAGUGGAGAGUCGUACUCGCGCACGAAAACAAACCAAAACAUUCUCUCUCUCUAGAAGAGAGAGAGAGAGAGAGAGAGAGAGAGAGAGAGAAGCUUUUUCUGAGCCUUCUCUGCUUCCCUGCCAUAGCCUGAACCGAAAGAGGAACGUUCUGAAAAGGAGUCAACCGAGCUGUGACUUCUCUAUUCUUCAAUUUGAAUUCAAUUCUCAAUCGCUUUUUUACGAAUCGAUUGAGUUCAGCGCGAACCGGGUUGAGAGUGACAUUGCGACUUCUACCAAUGGUUUUCUGGUGUGUCUUGUAGAUAAGAAAGCUGAAAUGGGAGGUUGCUGCUGCUGUUCUUCGAAAGGAACAGAAUCAAAUAUUGCACCAGGCUACUAUUAUUACCCAAGAGCAUCGGAGGAACAUGUUCCUUUGUCACCACUUAGAACUCCCCGAGAAUUUUCAACAGGGCUUUUAGUUGAUACAAAUCUAGAUACAUCAAUCCCGGACACUUAUAGAUCACCUCCAUUGCCUAUGCCAUAUGAUGUUGUUUUAACAAGUCCACUUACUCCACCUGUGGUUCAAGAAAUUAGCUGCUAUAAGAAUGAAGCUGCAGCUCAGACAACAAAUUCCAAUACAAUUCAAGAAACAGCAUGCAUAAAUACUCGGGAAACAUCAGCCAAAUGUGAAGGCGUCGAUGAAUCAGAUUGCAAGAAGCAUACAGAUUUUGAAGUGGACGCAUUAAAGGAAUCUGAAAAUGAACUUUCAAAGGGUGUAGAAUCUGCUGUCCUACCCAUUGAAGAAGAGGAUGUUUGCCCCAUCUGUUUGGAAGAAUAUGAUGGAGAGAACCCAAAACUUACCACAAAAUGCGAACAUCAUUUUCAUCUUGCAUGCAUUCUGGAAUGGAUGGAAAGAAGUGAUAUCUGUCCUGUCUGCGAUCAGGAAAUGGUUUUUAGCUCUCCAAUUGAUUAGUGGGAAGAAGAAAGUCAGGCAAGUGUUUUUUUCUCAUAUUGAAAGUAAAGUUGAAAGUAUAGGUUAUAAAGUCUUUUUCGUGAUUUUGCGUCCAGUAGUUGUUUUCUCUCUCUCUCUCUUUUUUUUUCUUUCAUUAAUGAGUGGUUCAUUCCUGAUUGCACUUUUCUGUGUGAAUUUGUUCUCUGAACAUAGAAUGGGGGGAAAAUUGGGAGAAUGCUUUUUUUUUUCUUUUGGUGGGAGGAUGUAAAUACAGUUGUGGAAAUAUAGUUAUAUUUGAGCUUGGUUUUUCAUUUUACUUCCAUUUAUUAUAGGGUUGUUACUAUUUGUCAUAAA